GAGCAUUAUCAAACUUCAGAUUUAAUACCAAAUUCAACUAUUAUGUACUCAGAUUCUGAUAUUUCUUUUAACAUAUUAGAGACACUUAAUAAUCAUCAUGCAUAUGGAACUACAAACGGUCUCU